AUGAGUGUCUCUAUGGCAUCAUCAUCGGAACAGAAGUACAUUACAUUACGCAAAAGACUUGAUCAAUUUGGAUAUAAACAACCAUUAGCCGUCGAAUCCUUACCGUUGGUUGAAAAAUUAUUUCAAGAUCUUAUACAUACAACAGAGGCAUUAAAAAAGUCAAAAGAUAAUCCACAAUCGUCGAGUAGUGCUGAUAAAUCAGCGGAUUUACCUCUAUUAGCACAACCAGUUCAUCCGUAUAAAAAUGACAACGUUCGACUAAUUAAAGAAAAUAAUGAUCUUCAUCUUGAACUACUCAAAUGUCGUGAACAAUUUGAUACAAAUUUGAAAGAAUUUAAAAAUCAAUUGAGAAAAUUAGAAAAUGAAAAUGCAGAUUUACGGUUUUUAAAUACUUCGUAUAUAAAUCGUUUACGUUCAUUGGAAAAAGAAUCACGACAAAAAGAUAAUAAAAUUCUUGAAUUACAAGAAAAAAAUUUUCAAGCCGUCGUUCAAACGCCAGGUGGAAAUAAACAUACCAUACCAUUUCGACGCCAACGGCUUGAUAUUGAUGAAAUGUUACCAGAAAAUCCAUCGUCAUUAAAAAAUAAUAUUUAUCAAUUACCAUACAUCGAUGAUCCAUAUAUUAUUGACAUGGUGAAGGUAGCCGAGGACAGAGUGGCAGAAUUAGAAAUUGAUGUACAAAAUCAAAAGGAAAUAAAAGAAGCUCUAGAAACAAAAUUAACGAAUUACAAAUAUCAGGUGGGAAUAGGCACCGCUGCUGACAAAUGUCAAAAAAAAGAAUUUUAUGUUAAAGCUCAAUUGGAAUGUGCACUUGUAACAUAUUACACUAUGGUGGAAAAUCGGGAUCGAGAAAUUGAACGUUUAGGCCGAUUACUUGAUGGUGGUCGAUCGGCAGAUGUUUUAGCACUUGAAUCAAAAUUAAAGAGCAAUGAAAAACUAAUUGCUCAUCAGAAUGUACAGAUUGAUUAUUUACACGAAAAAAAUCGUCAAUUAGAAAGACGUUUACAAGAAUUAAUUGAUUUAAAACGUGAUUUAUCGAGUAAACAAUUUGAGGAACGAUUAAAAAAUGAUGAUCUAUUAAGAGAUUUAAAAGAUAUUGAUCGAUUAGCACGAAAAGUUCACGCGGAUAAAGAAUAUACAGUUGAAAUAGCUGAUAGAGAAUUAAAUGAGGCUAAAGAACGCAAAAAUCUUCUAGAGGAACUAGAAACGUUAAAAGUUCAAGCUUCUGAACGUGAUAAUGAAAUUAUUCGUUUACAAGAUUUUAUUGAACGUGUUCAAACGGAUAAAACACGUUUGAGUAAACGUUUAUCAAAAUUAGUACUAAAUGAAAAAGAUUUAUUACAAGAAUUACAAAAAUCACGUCGUACAACAAAACCAGCAACAUCGAGUGGUCCAACUAAAAAAUUAUCAUUACCAGCACGUUUCGAUGUACAUUUAAAAAAUGUUGAAGAUGAACGUGAUUUAUACAAGAAUGAAGUUGAUACAUUACAAAAAUUAUUAGAUGGAAAAUUUCAUCAUCGUCAUACAUCACAUUCUCCUACAUCACGUGCUCGAUCAUCAAGUCCACAAUUAGUAACACGUUCAUCACCUCAACAUCGUUUAACACGAAAAGACACAGCUACAUCACCUAUUAAACGUUCUCUAUCCGCUAGUACAUCGCCCGUACGUUCACCAACAAGAUGUACAGUGUGUGGUGUGAGUAGAAAUAGAGUGUCAUCAGUUAAGGAUUCAAGUCACUACGAAAAUUUGUUAAGAAAUGUAGAAGAUGAACGUGAUCGAUUUAAACGUGAAUUAAAUAAAUAUAAAAAUUCAUCUCGUUCAUCGCGUGAAAAGGACGUUGAUGAUACACAACUAGCACGAGUUCUCAGGGAAAAAGAUGAUUUACAAUUAUUAUUAAAUAAAUUUGAACGACAUAUGGCUGAGAUUCAAGGCCAUAUUAAAGUUUUAACAAAUGAACGAGAUAGUUUAAGUGUACUAUACGAUCGAACAAAAGAAGAAUUACAAAAUGCUCGUCACGAUUUAUUACAGAAUGCGCAGACACCAAAAGUGUCACUUGCCGCUCAAUCAAUUUUAAGAAAAGUUGAAAAUGAACGUGAUAAUGCUAUUGUAGAGUUACGCGCAGUUACAAAUGAGAGAGAUUCAUUGAAAGAACGUUUAAGGAUAUCAACAGAUACCGCAUUGAAUGAACGAGCUCGAUACGAACAACGUAUUGAAAAUCUUGAAAUUGAAAUACGAAAAAUUGACAAUGAUCGUGAAGAAAGUAUUCAACAAAGUCGUGUUUUACAUGAACAAAUUGAUCAAUUAGAAAACAAAUUACGUGAACAAUCGUUUAAUAUUUCACAGUUGAAUCAAGAAUUAAGUGAUCAGAAGUCAACCUCAACACAAUUAAGAUUUUUAUCUGAAGAAGCUGAACGUCUUGUUCAAGAACAUCAACGACAAUUGAGUUUAAAAAAAGAAGAAAUACGUAGUGCAGAAGACAAAGCUUUGAGAUUAGAAAAAAAACUUUAUGAUUUACAGGAGGCAAAUAAAGGUAUCAAAGAUGAUUUUAACGUUGUUCGUACAACAGUGAAUACAUUAGAUAAAGAAAAAGAUCGUUUAUGUAGUGAACUUGAUAUUAAAACAGAAGAAAAUAUACAUUUAAUACAAGAAUUAAAUUCAAAAACACGACGAAUUGAUGAAUUAAAUAUGAUGACAGCUGAAUUAGAAGCAGCAUUGGAUCGAUCAAAAGAUGAUUCAAAACAAAAAUUGAAAGAAAUAUCAAGUAUGCGUAUGCAAUUAGAUCGAAAUUUAGAAGAUACAAAUGAUUUACAUCGUAAACUCGAUUCAUCUAUGCGUGAUAUGAAACGUUUACAAGAUGAUUUAUUAACAGUAACACGUGAAAAUCAAACUAUUCAUCAAGAACUUGAACAUGCUAUUGAUGAUAAAGAAAAUUUGAAAUUACAAGUUCAAGAUUAUAUUAAUGAAGUAUCAAAAUGUGAAGAUUUAAUUACACAAAAAGAACAUGAUCGUAAUUCAUUAGUUGAACAAUAUCGUGAAGCUAGUGGACAAUUAAAUCAAAUGAAAAUGACUAUUGCUGAAUUAGAAGCAGAAACAUCGAAUAGAAAACAAGAACUAAAUAUGAAAACAUCUGAUUUAAAACGUCUUAAUGAACGAAUUGAAUAUUUAGAACGAGAAUUACAACAGCAAUUAUCAAUUGGUCAAGAAUAUGAAAUUCAGUUAUCAAAUUUGAAUCGUUCAUUACAACGUAAUGAAGAUAUAAUUAAAAAAUUACAAAAUGAAAAACAAGGUUAUGCCGAUGAAAUUGGAAAUAUUAAAGAUUUUAAUUCAACAUUAGAAAUGAAAAAAGAACAAAUGACAAGACAUUUAACAGGAAAAGAAAUUGAAAAUGAACAGCUUCAAUCAGCUGUAUCUGAUAUGAAAAUUGAAAUUGAAAUGUUACGAAAUCAGAUACAAAAUGAAAAGGCAAUGGUGCGAAGUUUAGAAGAUUUAAUUGGAUCAACACGUGACAAAGAAUUUCAAUUACAGUUACAAUCACAAGAAAAAGAAUCUGAAUUACAAUUAUUCAAAGAUCGUGUAAAUAUGAAUGAUAUGAAAGUACAAAAUCAAAAUAAAGAAAUAGCUUCACUUCGAACACAAGUGAUCAGUUUAGAAACAGACAAUGAAAGAUUGAAACGACAAUUGACAAGUGAACGAUUUGAACGUGAAAAAGCAGCACAAGAAUUACGAAAAAUGACUGAUUUAACAUCACAUAUUGAUUUAGAAUCUCGUUUUCGAAAUACUUCUCCAAAAUUGACAACAACUAACGGCCAUCGCUCACCUGUACGAAAUUAUUCUCCACAACGUACCGAAACACGAUCACCUACAAAAGGAAUUGAACGUAGCUGCAGUUUAUGUGGAGAUACAACACCUUGA